CAGAAAAAGAAAGCGAGAAAGCGAAGAGUCGAACGGAGAGAGAGAGAAAGAGAUGUCAUGGGUAGUCGAUCAUCAUCUUCCCAAAGUAAAGCGAACACGUAUGUGUGUAGGAGCAAUUCUCUUUUGGUUCUUUCUCAUGCUGGUCACACCCAAACUUUCUCAUUCCCCCGAACACCACAGCUUUUCUGACAUGCGCAAUUUCUUAGGAGUUCCUAAUACACUGAAUGUGAUCACAAACUUCCCUUUCUUGAUUGUUGGUGUUCUGGGUUUUGUCCUCUGUCUCGAAGGAGAUUUCUUCAAUAUAAGUUUGAGAGGAGAGAUAUGGGGCUGGACUAUUUUCUAUACAGGGAUUGCGGCCGUAGCUUUUGGGUCUGCUUACUAUCAUCUAAAGCCUGAUAAUAGUAGAGUAACUUGGGACACAUUGCCGAUGAUGAUUGCUUAUUCCUCAGUGCUUUCUAGUCUAAUUGUUGAAAGGGCGGGGAAGAGGGUUGGAUUGACUUGCUUGAUUGGUCUCCUUAUUGUUGCUUUUAUCAGCACAGCUUAUGAAAGAAAUUUGAAUGAUCUUCGCAUGUGCAUGAUGUUCCAAUUGAUUCCAUGCAUAGCCAUUCCGUGUGUGACAUUGUUGUACCCACCGAAAUAUACUCAUUCAAGGUAUUGGCUCUUGGCAGCAGGGGUUUACCUUCUAGGGCAAUUUGAAGUCGUUGCUGACAGGAAAAUUUUCAAGGUAACUCGGUACGUUAUAAGUGGACACUCAUUGGAGCACUUGUGUGUGGCGAUGGUUCCUGGUCUGCUAACUAUUAUGCUGAUGUUAAGGAGUACUAGUAGUCCAAGGUAA